AUGGAGUCACCACUUAUAUAUGUUAUGCUUAUGCUUUUGAAUAUAUUUGCAUUUUCAUCAGGAGUAACACAUAAUAAGGGUAAGGAGCGAACUUACUUUUCUUGUUCCGGUGACCAGAUCCUUACAGGCCUGCAUACAAUCAAGUUGUUCCUUACCAUGGACAAUUUGAGAGUUCACUGUUUCUUCAGAAGUGAAAAUCAAAGUCCUUCAAAGGAAAUUUUGGGUCUCUUUACAUCAGGAGGCCUUGCUCCCAACAUGAUAAUUACGAACAGUACAUACUACGGUGGCUACUAUUUUAAAUUAACUCCGUUCAAUAAUCGGCUUGGGUGGAGACUUGAUAUUCCUAGAGAAAACAUCACUGUAAACACAGACAUUGCAGCUGUAGAACAAUGGAUGGUAAAGAUCACAAUGCAUGAAGGAUUAAACAUUUAUGAUACUGACGGGACCUUAUUGGAUCUUGUCCGAGAGCCUAUUCUUCAGUGGAAUCUUGGACGUGUGCUUACAGAAAUGGAGGUCAAAGAUUUAUAUCCAGAAGUGAAAGAUAUCAAAGUGACAAAGAGCCCCUGUGCCAAUGAUGUCGCUUUAAUAGGCUUUAUGAUGAAACCAUCAUCUAAUGGUGUUUUCAUAGGAAAAACCAUUUCUGGAUUUUGGACCUAUAAGGAAUGCAUAUGGCAUGACCUCACAGAGAUCAUCUAUGCAGAACUUAAAGAUGAACACCAAGGACUCUCAGUGAUAGAUUUGGUUUUAACAAAUCAUUUUUUAGUCAUCCUUACCUCUUUGGGUCUUUAUGUAAGUAGUGAUCUUCGUUAUCCAACCACUUCACAGAUAAAGCUUUCAAGAGCAGAGUUUUGUGGAUUUGAAAGGGUUGACUAUAUCAGAGGAAAACUGUGGUAUAAUGAAAAAUGUUUUGCAAACAGAGAAAGUUUUGAAGUUGAUUAUGUUACUAUCACUUUCAACAGAAACAGGACCCUCAGUGAGUCCAGUUCUUGUUUUUUCAGUAAAGAACCAUUUCUUCAAUGGUUACCUUGUGUAUUUUCUACUUAUAAAAAUGAAAGAUCCAUUCCACGUGUGAUAACAUUCCUUAUUGACCAAGAAACGGACAGUGGAAUUUAUCUUUUCUAUGUGCAAGAUACCAAAGAGACCUAUGUCACUGUAUCUAUGCUCAAGGAUGGGAAACCAAGCCCUCGACCAAAAUUUCCUAGUUUCCAUUUUCCUUCAACAUUCACUCUUCCCCUUGGAAUGAUAUUCCAUCCCAGAAGCCACUUUCUGUAUGUUUAUGGCAGUCAAAUAUGGCUUUCAAUGGAUGGUGGCAAUACUUUUCAAAUGCUGUGUAACUUAUUCUCACACCAUGUAAGAAAAACUUCUCAUAGCUUUUAUACUUCAGAUAUUGUUUUUAUUGUAGAAGAUGGAAGGAUUUUGGCGACCAAGGCAGGCUUAACUACAUAUGUUGAACUGGGGAUUAUAAAUGAUAUCAUUUUCACAUUGUACUAUGAUCAAUUGGGAUACAUACACAAACUGACUCCACAAAACUUUGACGCUGGUUCAAAACUUUUAGGGUAUGGAAGUUCUAACAGUAUUUUUGGAAAGGUCAGUCCAGGCCUCAAGAGUAAAAGUGGACUUGGUUAUAUCCAAAAUGUAUAUAUACAUAAAACUGAGCCUGUGGGAUUUCAGACAUCUAUUCACACAGACGUAAUAAUCCCUUUUGGGAUGGAGGACUCAAAGGACAGCCCUUGUUUACUUAGUGAUCUUGAAAUUUCAUAUUCUGGAAAUUUAUACUACACAAUUAAGAUUCUAUCAAGAAGUCCCCUGCAUCAGCUUAAAUCUACAGAUGUAGAAAAGUCUGUGUUAAUACCUGGCUAUAGCAGCUUCCUGAUCUUAAACAUUACAGAUAAAUGGACUGCUUCUGCCUUGGCUACUAUGCCUCAAACAAUAAAAUCAAAACUGAAGUUUCUAACAGGUUCUUGGUUCUUAUACAACUUUGGCACGGCUGGCGGACGGAAUUGGAGCAUAAGUUCAAGACCAUGUAAUUAUUGGAUUCAAGAAGAUAGUCUUGAUUUUAUGUCCCUUAAUCUUGUGAAGUAUAUUGAUGUGGGAAACAAAAUAGAUUUUCAAUUUAAGUUUAUUUCAAAAGCUAUGUCAACAUUUCCUAUCCCUCCUGUCACUGUGGUGGUUGGAAACCCAGCGUUGGUGGAAGUUAAGACACAAGGUGUUUUUGACCUCACUGAAAAUUAUAAUCUAAAUAUUCACGUAUCUGGAAAAAAUUUUCAAAAAGGUUCCACUUCACUAGCACUGGUUCUUUGGGAGGGAUCAAGUUCAUGUUUUGCUAUUACACUGCUGCCAACCAUAAAGAGCAGCUGCAGUUACCUCAGGACUAUGCACCACACUCCUGGCAGGCACAUUCCACCUGAAGACUGGAUUAGUGGAGUUCACAAGGACAGUCAGGGUUUCAAUAUGAUCAAAACUCUGCCGAUAAACUACAGACCUCCAUCCCAUUUGGGAAUUUCUAUUCCACUUACAGAUAAUUUUUAUCACGCAGACCCUAGUAAACCCAUACCAAGAAAUCAAUUUCACUUAUCAAAGGAAACUGGCAAAUACAAACAGUGUGCGAAUGUUACCAGUCGGGCGAUGUGCAACUGCUCAGCACAUCAAAAGUUUUCCCAUGCUGUUGCUUUCUCAGAUUGCAAAGAAAAGGUUCAUCGUUUCAAGUUUCCAGUCACACAAUACCCAGUUGUUUUGGAAAUUUUCAAUGAAAGAGAUAAUAAAGUCUCCGCAGAACCUCCAUAUUUAGUUACCAUGACUGAAGUGAAUAUGAGGAAAAACUGGCAACUAAAACACAAUGAGCCAGAAAACGUUAAGAAAAUGAAGAAUUACUUAGAGCCACUGCUUAAGACUCCAGUGUAUAAUCCUUUAGGUCUCAACCUAACCAUAAAGGGUUCUGAACUGUUUCACUUCAAGGUGUCCGUGGUUCCUGGAGUCAGCUUUUGUGAGUUAAGUGAAGAAUUUCAGAUUUAUGUCGAUGAUGUCCCAUUGCCUUUUCCAGGACACACACUAAUUGCUGUUGCAACAUCUGUAGUGCUAGGAGGAUUAAUUUUUCUAGCAUUUGUGUUCAAACUGCGUAAAAUCCAUCCACUGAGAGCAUUGAAGAGACGUAUUAUGGAAAAUAUUGAAUUCACUUCAAGUACAACUGUCAGCUCAUAA